AUAAGUUUAGGGCAUUAAAUCCAUUCAACGGGAAAAUAAUAACAAGAUGUUGAAGUUUACUGUAAUUUUGGGUCUUUUGGCGGUAGCAUUGGCGCUUCCUAGUAGUCACAAUGAAUUUUAUAAAAUUUGGAGAUACUAAUCAAGCCCUUAAGAUCAUUAACGGAAAUCCAGCUAAACCACAUCAAUUUCCCUACCAAGUAGGAAUGUACGUGUAUACUUCUUCUAGAUCCGAUUUCUGUGGAGGUUCGCUUAUAUCCAAGAAUUAUGUUCUUACUGCAGCCCACUGCGUUGACAAAGCUGUUAAAGUAAAUAUGGUAUUUGGUGCUCAUAACAUAACUAAUCCCGAUGAAUCAUCCCAAGUUCGAUUAUCUUCAACAAGUUUUAUUGUUCACGAAGGAUGGGACGGAGAAAACAUUAACGAAAACGAUAUAGCACUUAUCAAAUUACCAUCACCUGUUCAAACAUCGACAGUAAUCAAAACUGUAUCUAUCGCUGCAGGCACAAAUAAAUAUGUAAACUCCGUUGGAAACGUAGCCGGUUGGGGAUUGACCAAAAAUAGUCAAACAGUAGUCACACCUGUUCUCAGAUAUAUAAGUCCUUCUAUAUUGAGUAAUGACGACUGUAAAAAAGUCGAUCAAGACUAUGAAGCUGUUAUCUUAGACACUCUUUUAUGCAGCAAUCCAGGAUCUCAUAAGCAAGGAACGUGCCAAGGUGACUCUGGUGGCCCUCUAGUUGUCGAUGGUGUACAGAUCGGUAUUGUUUCCUUUGGUUCUACAGAUUGCGAAGAAGGAAAACCAUCUAUAUUCACAAGAGUAACGGAAUAUCACGAUUGGAUUGCAAAACAUUCUGAUGUUAAAUUUUAAAUCAUAAUCAAGUUAUUAUUUGACAAUUAUUUUAAAAAUAAUAAUGAAUAAUAAAGAAGACUUGAACUAGUACUUUAGCUUAUUACUAUUAAUUUAUAUAUGUAUUUAAAAACUUUAACCUAAUUAUCAGUCACAUACAGGCCAUGUCUUAGUAAGCUUUACACGUGGUAUCAUUGUUUACAAAUCUUUCACUUUCCAAUGUAGUAACCUCCCUUCGGAACCAUUGGAACCAAAUCCAACAUCACAGUCCACUAUUGUGGUAAACUUUCUCCGAAGCAUUAAAACUGACCUACGGCACUUUUUCAACAACAAAUUUUAUUGUCAAAUUUUUUUGGAACACGAUGGAAUACAUUUUGGAACACUAUGGGAUCUUGAAUUUCUCUUAUUUUAGUCAGUUUUGUACUAGGCGAUCUUAUUAACGAGAGUAUCAAGAAGUUAGAUAUCUAGUUUCCUUUCUGAAACGUUAUGUUGACGAUCUGAUUCUAGCAACACUACCUGAUAAGGCUUUGGGCACCUUAUCAGUGUUCAACAGCAUUGAUCCACUCCCCCAAUUCACGUGAAAAUUUGAGGUAAUAUCACGCCGUUUAUAGAUAUGCGAACCAUUCGCACACAGAAUAACAUAUUAGUCAUCAUCUGGUACAGAAGAGAAAUGGCUAGCAACCGUUUCUUAAAUUACCACUCGUCACACCCAAUCAGAUACAAACAUAACCUCGUAUAUGCCCUUAGUCUUAGAGUACACACGUUGACACAUGCGUUAUACAAAGAUGAUUCUUUUAAUCUAUUGAAGUUCAUUCUCAUUGAUAAUUUCUUUUCCCAUUUCUAUCAUCGAUAAAUAUCUACUUUUCCAAAAGCUAUAGAUAUUUUAUUACAGAAGCAACAUAUGCUGUAAAAUUAGCGACCAUUUUUAACAACAUACAGAUGAACAACUCCCCGUUCAAUCCAGAACGAGCCAUAAAAUAUGUUCCUGUCCCGUAUCCAAAUCCUCACUGUUCAUCUCUUGUUCCCAAAAAUCACAAAUAAUUUUACUACUUAAUUAAAAUCUUCAAAAGGUCUUCCCUUGAUGUUUGCAAAAUAGAAAACAUGAAAUGUUUCGGUUUUGGUCUUUUGUUUUUGAUCCAGCUAUUUUCAUACUUUCCACAGAACAUAUUUCAUUUAAUCCAAAAGAGGCUCUUUGAAAUGUAGGACUUUUGAUAUCAAUAAUAUACUUGACAUUUACUGCAAAAUUAUUUCUAAUUAACAUUCAAAUUUGAUCUCAUCAUUAAACCACGUUAACGAUUUUUUUCAGA